UCUUCUCGCUUCCAAGCAGCCGAAAAGCUUACGGAAUCUUACCAAAGUCCUCUCUUGGUUCCAAGUGCAGUCCAGUCACUACUCGCAUCUCAAGAGCAUUAAAGAUGAGCAGCAGUCCGGAUCGCAGACCCAUCUUCGUGGCAACCCAUCCUCGGGCUUGCUCCACGGCCUUCGAACGGGUGUUUAUGACCCGCCCAGACGCCCUGAGUUGUGUGCACGAACCCUUUGGUGAUGCCUUCUACUAUGGCCCCGAACGCAUGAGCACGCGCUACGACCAUGACGAGGCCGCAAGAGAGAAGAGCGGGUAUGCGGGAGUCAGGUACGACGAUGUCAUGGGCAGAAUCUUGAAGGAGAUGUUGGAGAACGACAAGACCCGUGUCUUUAUCAAAGACAUGGCCUACUACAUCGUGCCUCCCAGCGGCGACCGUCCUUUAGGCCCGGCGCGCUCGCUCGAUCGCCACCCCAACCCGGUAGCGGACAGCAACCCAACUAUCAUUCCCACCUCCCUUCUUAUGCUCUUCCACUGGACAUUCCUGAUUCGCCACCCACGAAAGGCCAUCCCGAGCUACUACCGCUGCACCAUUCCACCGUUGAACAAAAAGACGGGAUUUGACGAGUUCAUGCCCAGCGAGGCAGGCUACGUCGAGCUCCGCAGGCUCUUCGAAUUCUUGCAUGCCAACGGAAUCAUUGCCGAGGAAAGCAAGUACGAUUCCGAGGAGACGCGUAAGUCGAGGGGCACGAUGUUUGGACAGAUGAACGAAGACAGUGUGUCGGCAUGGAGCGGUCCCGGUAGAGACGAACGACUGGAGCAAGGCCCCGCACUCAGCAGGCAGCUGGAAAACAUACCAGGUCCCGUGAAGAUCACGGUCGUUGACGCAGAUGACCUGCUCGACGACCCGGAGGGCACGCUAAGAGCUUACUGUGAGGCCAUCGGCGUGGACUUUGACCCCAAGAUGCUCAAGUGGGAUGACGAUGAGAGCCAGAGGACAGCUAAAGAGGCGUUUGAGAAGUGGAACGGGUUUCAUGAUGAUGCGAUUGGGAGUACCGAGCUGACACCGCGGUCGCAUAAGGCUAAGACAUCGACUAGAGAGGAAGAGGACAAGGAAUGGAAGGAAAAAUACGGGGAGGAGGGACAGAAGAUAAUCAGGGAGACGGUCGACAAGAAUGUGGCCGAAUAUGAGUAUCUCAAGAAGUUCGCUUUGAAGCCGAAAAAGAUGGAGUAGGAGAACGAAACGGUUGUAUGAUAAGACCCAAGUUUUGGGUCUUGUUCAGGUCAUGCUGGAGUUGUUAUCAUCAACAUUGAGGGCCCCAACAUCAAUAUUGGCAGAAGCAAUGAAUAUCCGAGGGAUCGCUUGCAAACAUUUGGUUUUUGUAUCGAGAGCAUCAAAAUAUAGAGGGAACGGCAUUAUAGAAGGGUGUCUCAUCAAUUCAAUGUGUACUGUGCAAAGA